AUGCUGUCCAACGUGAUCACUGCCCAAAAAGCCCCCCACAUCGACAUAGUCGAGGCACCCCUUCCAGCCAUCCGAACAUCGUCCCGGGUAGCAUUCAUACCCUACGCAGAGACCUGCCGAAACCAAGAAGCCCUCGUCGUCCGUAUUGCAGAGAUCAUCGCCUCAUAUCGCAUCUGCGGGCCUGACGACCGCUACGAGGAUGUAUACAAGCCCCGACUCCUCGAGACCCUGCAGUAUUUCGUCUCGAACAACAAGGAGAUCAACCUGGUGGUCCCCGCAUACCCGUUCAAAAGUCCAAACCGUGAAGACGUUGGCGAGCGCCUGUCCCUCGAACAUUUGAACUCGCUCGGUGCAAGAAUUACCCAGAUCUACCCAGGAGGCGCUCAAAUCACUAUAGUCAGCGAUGGCUGCUGCUACAAUGAUCUGCUUGGUGUGUCCGAUGAGGUAACAUACCGGUAUACCGAGGGCCUGCACCGGAUUGUGGACAGACUGGGUCUGCGCCAUAUCCGUUUUGCAGACCCAUUCGAUCUUCUCGAUGGUGCACCCAGCGUGCCCGUCAGCGAGGAGGAAUACGUUUCUCCCAUCGAUGAUCUCAAGGAACGUCUGUUCAGAGGUUGCUCCGGCGAGAAACCCCAAACACUGGAUCACAAUGCCACCCUCACGUAUCGCAGAUACAUUAGGUUCCUGAUGUCUGAUCUGGCAACCUUCUACCAGAAGAAGAAGGUGAGUAAGAGUGCCAUCAAGAAACACUCUGCCGUCCUUGCCCGUGUCAUGAUCGAGCGCGGCCAGGUCUUCUCGGCUCUUGUGGCGGCCGCCUCGCCGCCCCACGUCCGCCUCUCCAUCCACGCGGGUGACAACACGAACAAGCUGUCUGUGGCACUGCUUCCCCGGAAGCGGUUUAGUAACUUCCCUGUUACGCCGUGGCACAACACCCCCUGUCUUGAGGCGAAUCAGGUGUCCGUACAUUCCCCGAUUUUGUUCGAGGGCCUGGACCCCAUGCAGUAUACCGCCGAGACCGGCAAGGAGUUCCUUCGUGUCGCUGGUCGCGGACUGUCGCUAAGCCUCCUGCAUGAAGGUGUUGCUGCGAGUUCGGCGGCCACGUCUUACUUCGUGCAGAUUCCUGCUGCACGGGAGGAUGGUGAUGCGCUCGUUUCAUUUGUUGAGGCGGCUGCAGCGUUGGAUGAUGCGGGCGAUGCUGUGGUUUCUGACCAUCGCAUUGCCCUUCCUGUUCAUCUCAAUCCAUCUUUCUUGAGGGUUCUCCGUGGAGACUGA